AGAAGAAAUGGAGAAAUAAAAAAGAGAAUCCCUUUCUUUCAAGUUCCUCUCUCUGUUUCUCUUUUUUGCUCUCUCUCUCUCUCUCUUCCUUCUUUGCUUCUUUCUUAGCGAAGAAGAGAAGAGAAGAGAAACAAUCAAACGACCCAUUUGCAGUACCUCUCUGUUCUUUUUCCUGUAGCGUAUGUUUGUGAUCUUUUGUUGUGCUCUAGUGGAUUCGAGAUCCUUUCUGUUCAAGUUAAGAUGAUGGUUGCAAACAGUUUUGAUUUAUGGCGAAAGGACGCCUUCUUUUCUGCAGCCGAGGAGGUUCAGGAAUCCGCAGAUAUAAUGGAGUCAGCAUACAGGAUGUGGGUAAAAGAAAGAAAACAAGGGCUGACAACAACAGAUUCUGCCGAACUCUGUAGAGAGCUUCAGGUUGCAUUAGGUACUGCAAAAUGGCAGUUGGAAGAGUUUGAGAAGGCUACAAGGUUGAGCCAUGGACAUCGUUGCGAUGAUAUUACGGCAACUAGGCACAAGCAGUUUAUUGCUGCAAUUGAGAACCAGAUUUCUCUUGUAGAAGCUGCAUUGAGAGAAGCUUUUAUUGAGGAGGGAAAACAACCUCUUCGUUGGGUAAAUUUGGAUGAAGAAGAACGGGAUGAUCUAGCAGUGUUUCUCUCUGGUACGUCCCCAAGUUUCCAACCUUCUGCAAAAGGCAUUCUUUCGGAGAAUUGUUGCAAGACAAAGGAGGCAGAUGCUGAUGCUAGUGCUGUCUCUGAUGGAGAUAUAUGUGAAAUGGAAAUUUCUAAAGAUUAUGAGUGUAUCAUACAAGUAAAAGAUAGUGUAAGUUCUGGAAGGAUUGAUGAUACGUCCUGUCAACAAGAAAAUGCAACCAGUACAAGGAGAAUAUGGACUUCACCAAAUUUUGGCUCUUUGAAGAUUGUAAUUGAUGAUAAAUAUGAAGAGAGAAAUGAAUUGACAAAAGGCAUUGAAGCCACACCUAAAGAAAAAGGUUCAAAGCCUUUCUUUUGGAAACAAAGAUGUCAAGAGCCUUCUCAGGCCAAGGGGGCACUCAAGUUAUUAAAUCCGAUUUUUGGUCGGGGUGGGGGGUUGCAAAGACAAUUACAAAGUCCAGUGCAAUUGCAGAUGAGUUGUUCCCUGCAAUUUACACUUGCUUUGAUGAUAGCUAUUUUUUUAAUUGUGCCUUUUGUACUUUAUUCAAGUUGAGGGCAAGGGAUUGCUAACUGCAGCAUGUGAAAAUAUGAGAUCAGAGAAUCCCUCGAACUGCGAUGCUUAUGAUUCCAAACUUCGUCCAGCCAUUUUCAGUAUCUGGGAGCUGGCAAAACUUGCUGCUGGAUCCACUAGGAGUUAGCUUGUGACAGAAGUAGAGGUAUCAUUUUAGCUUUCCUCGUCACAAAAGGUGUAAACUGUAAAUUGCAUUCAUAUGUUAUAAGGCUUAUGCUUGCUAGAAGGUUUGGUAGUAUGGACAAAUCCCAUUUGAAUCAGGCUUCAGACUUGUAAAAAUUAAUCUCUCUAGAGAUUGUGCUAAACCAAGUAAAGAGUUCUGAGCUUAUGUAUCCAAUAGCUUCUGUUGAAUGUCUAUUGCUCCAUCCUUUAUAUGGUCAAUCAAAGUAUGAAUAUGGU